AUGCCAUCGCCACUACCAAAACGACCCCUAAGUAAUCGUCCUACCCACGUAAUCAAGAAAUGCCAAGAACAAAAUCGACCGGCGUAUAUAGCCGGCCCCAUGGUCCGGUACUCCAAGCUUCCAUUUCGAGAAUUGUGUAGAUUCUACAAUGUUGAUAUUGUGUACACCCCCAUGAUCUUGGCUCGAGAGUUUGUCAGGAACGAUGUUGCACGAUACUCGGAUUUCACUACCAAUGAAAGGGACCAGCCCGUUAUUGUCCAAGUUGGUGUUAGCAAUGUUGAAGAUUUUAUGAAGUUUAUUGAAAUGAUUCACCCCUAUGUUGAUGCCAUAGGGAUAAACUGUGGAUGUCCCAUACGUGACCAGAUUAGAGAAGGUAUAGGAGCAGCAUUGAUGAGCAAACCUCAAUUAGUGGCGAACUUGAUUGCAACUGCAAAAGCCAAAUACGGAGACUCUAUAUGCAUAGACACCAAGAUACGAAUCCACAAUGAUAUAAAUGAAACGAUUGAGUUUGUAAGGCUAGUGGAGGAGGCUGGAACUGACAUCAUCACCAUCCAUGGACGCACGAAAACUACGCGGUCAUCGGUCCCAGUAAAUCUCGAUGCAAUUAAAACACUACGCCAGCAUAUAAAAACUGUUCCGGUGGUAGCCAACGGAGAUUGCUUCACUUUAGAAGAUUGCAAUCGCAUUGCUGAAUAUACUGGAGUUGAUGGAGUCAUGUCGGCGCGAGGGGUAUUGGCAAACCCAGCAUUGUUCACGGGAUUGAACAAGACUCCUUGGAGCGCCGUGGAGAUGUUUAUGCAUUUGACGACAAGUUAUGGAUUACCGUACAAGUUAUCUCAGUACCAUGUCGUUCAAUUUUUGGAGAAUAUGGAUAUACCUAGGCGAGUCAUCAAAGAGAUUAAUGAGUGCAAGAACAUGAUCGAUAUGAUUGAUUUGUUGGACAAGUACUUUUAUUUAACGAGGAAGCUGGAAAAGGGAUUCGCUACAGCAAUUGAUCCACAGUGGAAAAUAACCCUAGAUAGUAUAUAG